AUGCCAUUUCCCCAAACACCACUGCAUGGUAUUUUGAAAUUGAUGUUGCACGGCAGAGGGUUGCCCAAAGUAGGUACCUCACGGCCGCAUUGGACAUUGUCAACGACGGAGCUCAUAUGCGCGCGAAUGCAUUGCUGGAGGUCCGCACUUACUUGUUAUGACUUUUUGCACAAGCGACGUCUCCCUGUCGCUGCCGAAGCCAUAUUUUUUCUCUACCUUCAGCUACGUAGUGUAUCUUCCGGAGACUCGUGUGAUUCUGUGUCAUGCGACUCAGUCAGGCAUUGUUCCAUUCCUUUUCUUCCUCCUCGUGGCGACGCUGUUCUGGACGGGGCGCCCCCAAAGCCUGCAUCAAUGAAGGAGUCGAAUUCGAUCCACUGCAUUGCUAAUGAUGUUUCCGACUUGGAACUGCCGUUUGCGACAUUGUUUUUGCUUCGAUGUGCCGAACACCAGUCGACACUUAGACCACUGUAUCAUAGACUGCAAUUUGCCGUGAGGAAGCUGAGGAACUCAUCGCAAGCACGCGCAGAUGGAAAAACGAGUGCCGACGCCAGUGGUGGGCGCUUUUUGGAUCACGAAGAAGAUAAGGACCGAUGUGUGUUCUUGAAAGGUCUGCUGUCCGUUCUUUCGGCCCCUUGUGUCAUCAUCAAUUUAUCCCUUGAACAUAACGGUCAAAGGGGUCGAUGGCCGGAUGUUUUGCGGACUGUUCACAACCUGCAUCAUUACAAUCUUUUAAACUCAUAUCUGAUCGAGCUUCACAAAAUGUACACACGCUGCGAGGUCAAAUAUGUGCUGACGAAGAUGGGUCACGAUGUGCACUACCGGAAGUGUAUCGAACCCCCUUCGUUGGCGCCGUUGAUGGGCAUGCUGUUAACGGAAUGGGAGACGUACUGGAGUAUGCUCAAGGGGAAAGCUGAACCGAGGUGUGCGUUAGCGAGGAUGCUUUCCCCAGCUUCGUCCGAUUACCCCUUACCCCCUGAGUGCGCUGUUGGUGGCACUGACACUGUGGAGAGAGAUGAGAGGAUUCCGUGGUUAACAAUGGCGGCGGAUGGGAACUCUGGGGGAGAGUAUGGGAACUGUGCAUCUGACCUCACUCCCUUACGCAUGAAACUGAUGCUGGAGGAGAGCAGUCUUGAGGUCCUGCAGUUUGUCGGCCUCACGGCUUUUGCCGUGGAGGGAAGAGGAGAUGUGCAGGCGGAGGAAGAAGAAGUUUUUCACCGACUAGUGGAGGUGGCCACACGUGGUGCCGACUUCGCGUUUUGUGCCCGAUUAGCACAAACAUGGGCCAACCCCUAUUUGAUUCGGCCGCUCGCGGGGCGGCAGUCGCCCCACAUUGCGUCAAAAUUGUUGCUCCUUACUCGAUUAAUCGCCAAAGGGUCAGCGUCAGAAGACGUACUCAAGAUGCUGGAUGACUGGUCAUCCCUUUUGUCCGCUGGAUGCAGUGACUCUGCUGCUUGCUUGUCGUGCGCAUCGUUUGCGGCCUUGCUCUGUCCCGAGGUUGUUGCUGCGCUAGCUGCCCGACUAACACCUUCUCUUUUCAGAGAAGAGGUUGUAGAAAAGCGGUUGCUGCCGUGCAACUUUGCCCUUGGCUUGCAUGUGCAAGAGGUAGUGGUGGAUACCCUUCGCAGGGGUGGAUUUCAUAGGGUAGCUGAAGAAUUUUCUGUACGCCAGGCUUGCAUUGAGGUUGCCGCUUUGUGCAAGGAAAACGAGCGGUGUAGACCUGAAGAGGCAGUCGGGGUAAUGAGAAAGUAUUUUUCGCAAAAGUUGUACUCCGGCGACAGGAAACACCUCCUUUUUGAGCUUCUGGAGUUUGUAGGCGAACCACGGUACCCACAAGUUGUCGAUCUACUUUUAUCCAUGUGUAAGGAGCCACUACUGGAGGGGGACGUGCCCGAACUUGUGGUGGAAAUGCCCGUCUUGCUUUUCGACGUCAUCUGUUACAUGAUCACGGAGCGUCAGCGUCCCGGCGAUGCUGCUGUUUUGUUUCGCCUCACUAUCGAUGCAAUUAGGGGAGGCGGGUCCACACCACUGAGGGGGAAGUGUGAGGAGGUACCGGAGGCACUUCAUCAACACUCCCGCACGUACCUUGCCAUCGAGGGAGCUGUUGACUCGUUUACCAUGGCUGUUGCGAGUCUGGGACUAGUUAAAGGAUGCGACAAAGCGCCCCGAAGUGGGUGCCAUGACGAUGCGCUUCAGUGGCUAAAGCUGUUGUCAGAGAUUCCAUCCACCCUCUUUGAUGAACCGGUCCUCGUUGUCUGGCUCUUCUGGACUAUGAAGGCGAUGACACAACAUGAAGAGGCAAGAACCGAGUGGGGCCACACAGCUACAAGUGAAAGUGUGACAAAGGCUGGGGUGUUGAAGGCAAGCGGUAACCUGAGUAGGUCACUCAAAAAGUGUGGUGCGCGCGCCGUUUUCCCACCGAUGCUGCUCCACUGGUUAUCCUCAAACGCCAACAUAUCGUGGGCGGUUGCAACAAAGUGGUUGUCGGACCAUGCAGGUGAAGAAAUAUCAAAGAACUGUCGUUUUGCAUUUCUGCGGUUACCUCUCGGUCCUGCUGCCCUUGAGGGUUUGCCAUGCAGAGAGAGCAAGGAGCAACUUUUUUUGGCUGUGGAAGAGGAACUGAAAACCGACGUUCUUCACUACACCAACUGCAACCUCUGCUCCAUUAAACCCCCAAAACUCAAUUUGAAGUCGAGCAUCGAGGAGUUAUUUGAGCGUAUACGCUACACUUUGCUACGGGCAUGGUAUUAUGAGCUUCGUGAUCCACGCGAUACAGUGGCUGGUACCCCGGUUCACUGUGGCUCCAGUGAAUCACACGAUCCACUUUCACUUGUUUCUGGACUUCAGCCGCAGGGCGGUCUUCAACGCAAAGCCUCCUACAUCCUUACCAUGUGUUCAGUGCAGAGAGCUCUGAGGUUCUUAUGGGAUGGCGGCGCGGCUACCCCUCUUGAGGCGGUGGACGGUUCUUCUGCGCCUCGGCGAGUGUAG